CCCAGACUGGUUUCUUUGUCCACCCUUCCAAUUCAUCCGAAAUAGUAUCUGAAAGAGACCGUCUGGAUAACCUGUCUUGUUUUCUUUCGCUCUAUUUUCUUCUUUGUCCAGUUUUCGCAGUCAAACCGUCCCUACCCUCCUUUCGCUGCCUCAUCGGAAUACGCGCGACGCGACCGUCUCUACACAGGUUUCUCCCAUUUCCCACCCAUCGACUUCUUUCGCCACUUUUCCUUCGACAUGUCUCACGAGGAGGAUCUCAUCGACUACUCCGAUGAGGAGCUUCAGACCACUGACGCAGCUGCUACCACUACUGCUCCUGCUGCGAAUGGAGGCGCAGCGAAGAAGGGCGACUUAACGGUCACCGGUAACCGCCCGGACAAGAAGGGAAGCUAUGUCGGUAUUCAUUCAACCGGUUUCCGCGACUUUUUGCUCAAGGGAGAACUUCUACGUGCCAUCACCGACUGCGGCUUCGAACAUCCAUCGGAGGUCCAGCAAGUCUGUAUCCCGACUGCGAUCCUGAACGUCGAUGUCCUGUGCCAGGCGAAAUCUGGUCUCGGAAAGACUGCCGUCUUUGUCUUAACAACUCUCCAGCAGCUGGAACCUGUUCCUGGAGAGUGCUCCGUCCUAGUCAUGUGCCAUACGCGUGAGUUGGCGUAUCAGAUCAAGAACGAGUACGCUAGAUUCAGCAAGUACCUCCCCGAUGUGAAGACUGCUGUCUUCUACGGAGGCACUCCGAUCCAGAAGGAUAUCGAAGUGCUAUCGAACAAGGAUACAUUUCCCAACAUCGUAGUCGGCACCCCCGGUCGUCUGAACGCUCUCGUUCGCGAAAAGAAGCUGUCCCUGCGCCAUGUGAAGGCGUUUGUUCUCGACGAGUGUGACAAAAUGUUGGAUCAGAUCGACAUGCGGCGCGAUGUCCAGGAGAUCUUCCGCGCUACUCCCGCUGACAAGCAAGUGAUGAUGUUCAGCGCCACGCUCUCGCAGGAGAUUAGACCCAUUUGCAAGAAAUUCAUGAGGAAUCCGCUGGAGGUCUACGUCGAUGACGAUACAAAGCUUACUCUGCACGGUCUCCAGCAAUACUAUAUCAAACUCAGUGAGUCGGAGAAGAACCGGAAGUUGAACGAGCUAUUGGACAGCCUCGAGUUCAACCAGGUGAUUAUCUUCGUCAAGAGUACUCUUCGUGCAAAUGAGCUCGACAAGCUGUUGCGCGAAUGUAACUUCCCUAGCAUUGCAGUACAUUCGGGAGUUAGCCAAGAGGAGCGUAUCAAACGCUACAAAGAAUUUAAGGAGUUCAACAAGCGUAUCUGUGUUGCCACCGACGUAUUCGGACGUGGUAUCGAUAUCGAGCGUAUCAAUCUUGCCAUCAACUACGAUUUGCCGGCGGAUGCAGACUCGUAUUUGCACCGCGUUGGUCGUGCUGGUCGUUUUGGUACCAAGGGUCUAUCAAUCUCCUUCGUCAGCAGUGAGGAGGAUGAGAAAGUUCUCAAGGAUAUUGAGAAACGUUUCGAAGUUGCUCUUCCUGAGUACCCUGAAGAGGGCGUGGAUUCGAGUACGUACAUGGCAUAGAUUGGGAAAUACAGGUGACUGGGUCGUGGGCAGUAUUUAGUUGCCCAGGCUUUAUUUCAGUGAAAUCGGUUGCUCUUCAAGUCAUCUAUUUUCAUUCUCCUUUUGUUCUUGGCGUGCCUGGCUCAGCUGUGAUUUUGUGUUUGUUACUCAGUAGUCUUUACUUGCCACAUGCAUGGCGACGCAAAUGGUGCAAAAUAUAAUGGAAAAAGGUACAGAUCUACAGAGAAAGGUUUCCUAUGUACUCUGCAGUCGGCGAGUGAUCAACUGGUUAUGGCCCCAUUCGCUUACGGUGCGCGAAGAAGUCCUGUCUGGUGUUUGAAAAGUUGAGUCUGAAGCUAUAUGGUGCCAAGACCAUAUUUGUAUGCAGUUUCCCUAUUAUAGCAGGCCAUUCAAUCAAUGGGAAGGUCAUAUAGCCAUCAGACAACGAGAGCUCACAAUUGGGACAGAAGCACUGCCUGAUUAGGCAACUACAGGGUUAUAUAAGGUGGUUAGAUUUCUUAUAGAUAGCUCUACUCGUG